AUGAAGAUCCUUGAGGCUCAGUCAGCCGUUCUGUCCAACUAUGAGGUUUAUCAGCACUUGACCGAACGCAAGCUCGGCCAGAAGAAACGUGGAGAGCGUCGGGGUCCCGGCAACCUGGAGGCACUGGCAAGAGAGCUCCUCCAGUAUCUGCGCACACCACCCAACCCGUUGAGCCAGGACCCCAUCACCUACCAGCCGGGUUGCAUCCCCAAGCUCCUGGAAAAGCUCCGUCCCUAUGACUUGGCCAAAGGCGAGGUCAUCAUGAUCCUCAAUCUCCGUCCUGCGUCCGUCGCCGCAUUGAAUACCGUCAUCGAAGAGAUGACGGAGCGCUUCGACGAGAACCAGCAAGAAGAGAUGGUCAACAUCAUCGCCGAAGUCCUCGGCACAUUUCCCCAAGAGGAGGGGCAGGAGGAGGCUGGUGACGAGGGCGCUGCUUAG